AUGGAGAUUUACCUGUUGGUAAUGCUGCAGAGCAGCCAGCAGGUGGAGCUGAGCUCUCAGGAGGGCAGAGGUCAAAGACAUUCCUCAGGCACUAAGCUGCUCAGAUGUCUACUCCUCCCAUCCCGAAGCCUCGCCGCUGUUACUCGACGGGAAAUCGAAGCUCCACCUCCUCGCUGGGAAGAUGAAGAUACUCGCAGUGCACUGAGUCGUAGCCUCACCUUGCCAACUCUGGACGGCGUCACUGGCGCGAUCGCCACCAACAUCCCGUCACUGGCAGGAGUUGCUGCUUCCAUCGGAGGCUCUGCCCCCUGGAACCCCUCCACACCCUCUGCUCCCCCCUCCUUAGACAGCAUAGCUAAUAGCAUUACCACCCACAUACCUGACUUAGCAGAAGCUGCUAGCACUGAGGCUAACCUUGCGUCAUUCAAUCCAAUGCCACCUGGUGCUAACGCAGAUACUGCUGUGCUAAGCCCCGCCCCCUCCACCACACCUGCACCUGCUCCUAGCUUGGACAGCAUUUUUAACUCACUGGCUAACAUUCCCAGCUUUGCGGGGUUUGUUAGCAGUGUGGGUAACCCUGCUGAGAGCUUCUCUCCAUCAGCCCCACCCCUCCCAAAUACUAAACCCCACCCACCCUCAAUGACGGGAAGUGGAACUGGAGAUGCUCGCACAGAUGUUGGAGCGCUGUCACAGCUGGUGGCAUCAGCUUUAGACCCGACCGCUGGAGUCACGCUGCCACCUGUAGAGGGCGCUGCAGGGUUAACAGGUGACGUUUUAUCUCCAGGUCCUCAUAGCACCAGAGCAGAAAACCCGUCGGACACCGCAUUGGCCUGCUGGACGACCCAAGAGGAGGCUGAAUCUGAGUCAUCCAAUGAGGAGGAAGAAUCAGGUGUUAGCCCCGCUCCUUCUACAGCUGAAGCAGAUCCUCGUUCUGCCCCGACGACCAACAAUGACAAAAUCUCGACUAAUACUUCCUUUCGUUUGAUACCUACUCGGCCGGCCCCACCCCCUCCCAACACAGCGGGCCGAUCAGGAAAAUCUGUCAGACAAAAGACACCGAGGGCGGCCACCAUCCGAGUGUCAAGGAAGAAGGGCGCCGGCGGGAAACCUGCUCCUCAGAGCCCUGUCGUCCGGGCAAGCUGGCUGGACGUCUGGAAGGGCUUCAGACAUAAUGUAUUAUGGGCGACGCUGGACGGACAGCUGAUGUCUCUGUGGAAGAAACGCACAGACCGGUUCAGUGAGGUGUUGUUUCAUGUCUCCAGUAUCACCAACGUGAAGAAACUGGACAAAGGCAGAUUCUCUGUUUACUUCAGGAAGAAGCAUUAUGACUUCAUGGCUCAUAGUGAAGAGGUUCAGGACGGUUGGGUCACUUCUCUUCUCGCGACUCGAGGCAAUCCAAGGCCCAUCCCCCCAGAACUCCAUGGACAAAUCACCCUUAAGGACCCGCGGGGUCGUGCUUAUGCUGCCCUCUGGGGUCAUGACCUUUGGAUUUACCCUAACAAGGAGGGCUUCCAGCUGGGUGUGGCCUCGUAUUCCGUCCCCCUGAACGUGGCCUCGGUCAAAUCGAUGGGGAAACACUCGUUUAGCCUCAUCACUCCAUACAAGACCUUCAACCUGUCUGUUGAUUCGUCGAAGGAUCUGUCCCUCUGGGUGGACAGGCUGUCUUCAAGUAUCCAGAGCGCUCUGUCCUGCUGUCAGGUGGCACUGCGUCUCUGGGAAAACCCGUACAACAAGGUGUGCGGGGACUGUGGUGCGGCCAAUCCGGAGUGGGCCUCGGUCAAUCUGCUGCUGGUUAUAUGUCAGCACUGUGCAGGUCACCAUCGAGGCCUGGGCAGCAACCUGUCGAAGGUGCGCAGUCUAAGGAUGGACAAUAAAAUCUGGACCGAACCAUUGAUGCAGCUGUUUGUUACCUAUGGUAACCAGCUGGCAAAUCAGGUGUGGGCUCCAGUGGUGCCAGCGGCAGAGCAGCUCCGCCCAGAGUCCACAGAUGAGGAGAGGUCAAAGUUCAUAAAGGCUAAAUACAGCAGGGGGCGCUACAGACGAGUACACGCUCUGGCCUCAUUUCCCUCCAUGAUGGAGCAGAGGCUGUAUCAGGUGGUCUGCACUGAUGACGUGGAGGAAACGAUGUCUCUGAUCUGCUCCGGAGCAAAGGUGUCUUCAUCAGACCCACAGACCCCCUCCCUCAUCCUGCUGGCAGAGCGAGCCAAUCAGGCUCUGCAGACCGAGCUGCUGCGAGUCAACGAGUACACAGAGGUCCCGCCUCACCAGCCGCAGUCAGGUAGAAGGAGGUUGGACUCCGCCCCCUCAGGUGAGGAGGAGGAGGAGCUUCACGGGAAACUGGAGGACGAUCGUUUUCUCUUCUCGCUAGAAAACGAAUCAGCAGCCUGCGACGUGCUCGACCUGCGAGAAGUCCUGUCUGUCUUCCUCAAAGACGGCCCGGCUCAUCAGUUUGAGAUCGUCACGCUCACAGAUCAGCUGAUCUGUGCAGCUGACAACAGGGAGGGGCUGUCGAACCACCUGCUCCAUAUUCUUAAGGUGAUUCUUCCAGGGGGCGUGUCUUAUGCUGAGGUGGGCGGAGCCUCAGCAGUCAGUAAAGUGUGUAUUGUAGAAGUGGGCAGGGCUUCCAAUCAUCCAGAGGCCUGGCUGCUGCUUUGGGAGGAUGGAGUCAGCAUUCACCCUGUCCACAGAGAAUCCCAUGAGUCUCUCACAAUUGAUCUGGGCAUGCUCAGUCACCACGAAAUGGAUCCAUCUGAAAACAUCGUCACCAUGGCAACUGCAGACAGGAGGGUGUCGUUGCGUUUCGAAGAGCAAUACAGCUGCCAGUCCUGGUUCACCCACCUGCAAAGAGCUCUAGCCAAUCAGAGCCGAGCCAUCCCAGCCCUGCCCCAUCCUCCUGCGGCCAAUCAGAGCUCAGUUUCUCGGUCUCUAUACCCGGUGAUGGAUGUGCGGCUGAGAGGUUCGGUACCGUCGGCCAUCGAGCGCUGCAUCUCCCACAUCACCACCUACGGUCUGAAGGUGGAGGGCGUGUACCGGCGCUGCGGUCUCGCUUCAAAAGUCAGCCAGUUGGUGGAGGCCUUGAUUAUAUCACCAAACUCCGCCCCCCUGGAGAGUCAUGAGCAGGGCGUGCUGGAUGCUGGCUCCGCCCUCAAACAAUAUGUCCGCCGGCAAGAGAGUCUGAUUCCCAACGGAGCCCAAGGGCAGUGGCUGCAGGCCGCAGGUGUGUCAGACGAGAAACGCAGGUUUAAGGAGUACAGACGGUUACUACGGCAACUUCCUGAUGACAACCGAGCGACCCUGAAUGCUCUGUUUGGACACUUCUACAUGGUUCAGGUGUUCUCUCAGGUGAACAAGAUGUCGGCCCAUAACCUGUCUGUGGUCCUGGUCCCGUCCCUGUUCCAGGCCAUGAACCAGGACUUGAUCACCCUCACCAGAGAGUUCAUCAUCCACCACACCCUGCUCUUCCUCACCCCAGACUCGAGGCAGGAGCAGGAGUAGAUCUCUGUCUUCUGAUGAAGAUCAGCUGGACCCUGCUUCUUUUAGCUUACUGUGAAUCUUUUGGGAUGUUGAGGAAACUGUUGUUAUUGAAAUCUCUGACCAAUCACUGUCUACUUCCUGUUUCCUGUCAGUUGAACUACAGCUAUCAGAGAGAAUGAUUACUGUUGGCUCCCCCUGCUGGCUGCUCUCAGCCUUUGCGGUGGUUGUUAAAUGAAUGUUAGUGUUGGCUCUGCAGCUGAGCGGGCUGUACCACUGUGUAAGCUGAGCACUCACUUUAUGAUAGUAUUUUUCUGUGGUUUCAAAUGUUAUCUUUAAAUCUGCAAAUAACUCAUGAACUGAACAAAA